ACCUUAAAACAAAAAUUAAAAUAUGAAAUUAUUAAUAAUACUACACAAUAUAUUAUGACUGAUUUGAUAUGGCACAAAUUUGAUGAAUAUUAUCUACAUAUCAAUAAUACUAUUAAAAUUGCAACUAUAUUAGAUCCUUGUGUUAAGUGUUCAGUUUAUACAUUUGGUGAUAAAACUAAUAAUGCAAUAUUUUUAUUAUAUAGUAAAAUGAUUCAUUAUUCAACUACUACUAUAUUAAAUACACCAAACCAAACAGAACUAUUACCAAAAAGUAUAUCAUUUAAUUAA